ACCCCCCACCUAGACGGCAGCUGCAUUGCACGCGUCUCCCGCGCGCGCGCGUGUGGGUGGUUCAGUGGGCGCGCGGCGUUUUUCAGGUCAGGUUUGAAGAUCGGCUGUCUGAUUUUUUUUUUUUGCGCGGCUUUCAGAGGUCAGCGGGCUGGUCUUCAGUGGGUCAACCCCACAGGACGAGGAUAACUACAACGGAGCACCGGAGACUCGCCAGACCAACGAACAUAAUCGGGGGGAACAGCGGAGCAACGCCUGACAGUAGGGGAUUCUGCAGGAGACAGAAGAGAAGCUUUACGAAAACACAGCCAGAAAAUAAAACUAGUUGUUUAACCAUACAUAGUGGAUAUGUAGCAGAUAUGAAGCUGGUCAACAGUUGCCAAAGAAUAUUUUAGUGAAAUCGACUCAUCUUUGAAGGAACUGUGCCGAGGUGCGUUUUUAGGAGCCGUGAGGCUAUGCGUGUGACUGUGAGCUGGUCUCAGCCAUGGAGACAGACAGCUACAACGAGCUUCUUGAAACCACAGACGGCUCUAGCCCUGAGGUGGGCUGGUACCUGCCCUACCCGGUCAGCUUCCAAGUGUCACUCACAAGCUUCCUCAUGCUGGAAAUUGUACUGGGCUUCAGCAGCAACUUGACCGUGCUGGUGUUGUACUGCAUGCAGUCCAACUUGGUGGAUUCCGUCAGCAACAUUGUCACCAUGAAUCUGCAUGUGCUGGACAUUAUCAUCUGUGUAGUGUGUGUGCCCCUCACCAUAGUCGUCAUUCUCAUUCCCUGGGAACAGAACAUUGCCCUGAUAUGCUGUUUUCAUGAGGCCUGUGUGACUUUCACUAGCAUUUCCACGGCCAUCAACGUGCUUGUCAUCAGCAUGGACAGAUAUGACAUCUCUGUGAGACCAGCCAACAGAGUUCUAACACCAAGCCGGGCAAUCUUGUUACUGUCCUGCGUCUGGGGAGUGUCCCUCAUGGUGUUCUUCAUUCCUUUCUUUGAGGUGGAGUUCUUUGGAGAUGAACAUCAUGUGCAGACGUGGCAAAACAGGACUCUGUUGUGUGUCAGCAGACAGGAUUAUCACACAGAACUUGGCAUGUACUAUCACCUGUUAAUCCAGAUCCCAAUUUUCUUUGUGGCUGUGGCGGUGAUGCUGGUGACCUAUAGUCGGAUCUUGCAUGCACUCAAUAUCAAAAUUGGCUCACACUUCAAGAGAAGCCAACGUAGGAGGAACUCCAGCACCAGUAAAAGUAAGCGGAAGAAGAGGAGAAAGGUUUCGAGACAGUUGGCCACCCCAUCGGAGGCAAAAUGUUUGUCCCAGCCACCUCUUAUUCCUAGCCAGCCACCUGCCAUGGGUGUUCAGGCCUCUGUAUCUGUUAUCAUAGCCUUGAGACGAGCAGUGAAAAGGCAUCGGGACCGCCGAGAACGACAAAAGAGGGUGUUCAAGAUGUCCCUGAUUAUUAUUUCUACUUUCUUGGCCUGUUGGGCACCCAUCUCCGUGGUGAACAUUCUAAUCUUGUGCUUUGGCCCCAGUGACUGGCUGGUAAAACUCCGAAUUUGUUUCCUGGCCAUGGCAUACGCUACCACUAUAUUUCACCCUUUGCUCUACGCCUUUACCCGGCAGAAGUUGCGAAAGGUACUCAAGAGCAAAAUGAAAAAGAGAGUUGUCUCCUUGCUGCAGGUAGACCCUGCCCCUAGUGGCACGGUCAUCCACAACUCCUGGGUGGAGCCAAAGAAAGGGAGGAAGCUAAAGCUGGAGUGCAGUGAUGCCACCGAUCGCUGCCUUACAGACGCAGUAAAGGACUGACCGGACUCCCAUACUGCCAUUUCUUCCUGCCUCCACUCUCACUAGUCUUUGAGAAGCUACCAGCAAAAAAUGUACCAGGUACAAUCAGUGCAAUAAUUGUUUCUAGAAACUACCGUGUGACGUGAACUCAGAGCCACAGUGGCUGGAGGACCAAGACCCUCUUGAAAUCGCACGCCCUAUCAUUUCUGCACUUCUCUGUGUGUUUUAUUUAUUGAUUUUGUUUUUAGUUUUUGUUUUUUUUUUUUAUACAUUCAAGAUCUUUUUAGCCUACCAGGCAAUGAAUAAGUAGUCAAUGGGAAGGGCUACGGUAUCCAUAUCUUUGACGUUCUGCUUGGGAAUAAGGCCAAGUGCUCACAUUUCUGUUGAUGCUGCUCAGUCUGUGAUGUCUGACUGGAAUAGUCUACAUGUCGUACACUGGAGUUAACUUGCCUGGUAUCAGCAUCCCAUUACAACUGGUGCCUAAACACUGAUGGAUACCAGCUAGAUUGCUGCAGGGUCGCACAACAGUCCAGUGCCUGCUAUGUACUCUUUACCUGAUUUAGUGCCUACUCGGUCCGAGACCUACAAGUAUAGCCAGUGUGAGCACAGCAAAGGGCCUUGUGGGCUUCAUGUCAGCCUGGUGCCAAGUUACACGGUUUGAUUUGCUGGGCAUAGCGACAGCCCUAACUAGCUGAUCUCGGGAGAUGCUGGUGCUGACCAUGCUAUCCAAUAAAGAUAUUGGGGUAGCUGACUGUAUUGUUGAUAAUUAAUGCGUGGAAAGAAAAAAGGAUGUCGAGUGAUCAGGCCUCGUUUAGAUUUUAGAGUUGACCGAUGCUGUCCUCCCCAUUCUGAGGAGUUUUCUGGUAGAAACGCCCUUGCAUUACGUUUUGUUCCCACAAACUGAAAAAGGCAGCACAAAUUACUCCUGAAAUGCUGUAUAAUGUUUCCACUGGGAUGACCCAAGCGCCCCCAGGUUAUUCAUGAAACAUACCACCCAUGUUAUGUGUGAUCCUAGGCCUUUCAACCCUCUCUCGUAAGUCCUAAGGGUGCUCUAUUUAAAUACCAUCAUUGCAGAACCUGGAUUAGGGUGGGCGACAUUUCUAUGUUAAGAUGAACUGGGCAGCAACAUCAGGGCUACUGGCACCACACCUCUGUUUUGAUAAGCACUUGUUUAAGCAAAAAUAUGAUAACAAAGUAUCUACUGAUGGAGACUGUCAAAUGUGUAGUCCUAGCUGUUUGUAGGAAGAAGCUUUAGAGGUGUCUGUAGAUGUACACACUGUUCUGUGCUAUUCAGUUAUAACUGUACAUGAUGUAUAUUGUGAUAUUGUAUUUAUAGGAAACAAACUGGUCUCAUUAAAACUGAACAGGUCAUCUGU